AAUACUGCUCUUCUUUCCCUUCCUUUUGUUACCAGCAGAGGUGUUUCGCCACUCCUUGCAGCGUCAGUGAUCCACACUGCAGUCGAUGAAGUUCUCCGAACAGACCUGACUGAGUUUAAGAGGGAAAGUGUGGAAAAACAGGGAGAAGGAGAGGAGGAAAGAUUCACCUUGCUGGAUGGAGAGUCGCUGCAGCGCUGCUUCUUUAACAAACUUCGGGAUGUCUGCUUUGAAUGGCAGAAGCAGUUGCCACCGCUGAGACCACUGAAGCGUUUCCUGCUUGUUUCCAUCCAUGCCAUCCGUAACACUCGGCGGAAAAUGGAGGACCGCCAUGUUAUCCUUAUGGAGUUCAAUCAGCUGUUUGGCUUAGCAGAUGACAUCGAUCGCGCUUACUUUGCGAUAUUUGAUGGCCAUGGUGGAGUGGAUGCUGCCAACUAUUCAGCAACCCAUUUACAUGUAAAUGUGGGGCUACACAGGGAGAUUGUUAAGAAUCCAGCUGAGGCCUUGAAAUGCUCUUUCCAGAAGACUGAUGAAAUGUUUAUUUUCAAAGCCAAAAGAGAGAGGCUGCGGAGUGGUACAACAGGUGUAUCUGCAUUGAUUGUAGGGAACAAGCUACACAUAGCAUGGCUAGGGGACUCGCAGGUAAUGCUUGUGCAGCAAGGAAAUGCUGUGACGUUAAUGGAACCUCACAAACCAGAGAGAGAAGAUGAGAGAGCACGCAUUGAGGCUCUGGGUGGAUGUGUAACCUACAUGGACUGCUGGCGGGUUAAUGGCACUUUGGCUGUUUCCAGAGCAAUUGGUGAUGUGUGUCAAAAACCUUACAUCUCUGGUGAUGCAGAUGGAGAUUCGUUUGACCUGACUGGUUCUGAAGAUUACUUGCUUCUAGCCUGUGAUGGAUUCUUUGAUGCUGUCAAGCCCUAUGAGGUUGUAGACUUAGUCCUAGAUCAUUUAAUGCAAACCAAAGGAGUGGGUCUCAAAGCAGCAGAAAGACUGGUGGCUGCUGCGAAGGAAAAUGGAUCCAAUGACAACAUUACUGUUUUAGUGGUGUUCUUGAGGGAUCCACAGGACAUCUUGGCAGACUGUCUCAGAGACACUAAGAGCCUUGAGGCUGGGGAUGAUGCUCGGAGCUCACCCUUUAAUUUCCUCAGCUGUGAGGCAGCAGCCACACAGUGACAAAAUCUGCUUAAUCCAGAAGAUUUAAAAGUUCGCUUAAGGAACUGCUUUCCACUGAAGUAAGCCUCUAAUACAAUAGGCAAAAUGCAUCAGGAAAAAUGACAAAUGGACAAACAUUUAACAAAAAGGAAAGUCUCCUUUCACUGAGCUCCCAUUUGUCUUUUCUUUCUCUUUCCCUCCAUUCAAAAAACACUGGAGAGGCAUGGAGAUUCGUACAGCUCUUUUGUCUGUGGCAGUGGAAUUCUAAAAUGUGUCCAGGGAGUGCUGUCGUAUCCUUCUGCCCUGGAGGUGGUAAAAAGUGUGUGUAUAAGCUAGUGGGUGAGAGCCACCGUUUGUGAAUUCUAAGUGAAAAUUUGAAGUAAUGCUUCAAAAGAGUGCUGUGUGUUCUAUUUGUGAUAUUACUUUGGGAAUUGGGAGUAGAGAAGCUGUCACUAUCAAAGAAAAGGUUGUUACUCUGCGUAGUUUGUAAGAACGGGCCUGGUAGCACACCAUUAUGCUGUGUAAGUUACUUUUGUUUUGUACCAAAGAUGAUGUUAAGAGAAUGAUACUGCCUCUUUCUUCAAGCAGACAUUUAAUUUUGUGUGUAUGGAGAGGGGAAAAUGGAACCGAGUGCUCCAGUGACAGCAAAAAAGCAACAUCCCAGGCUAUUUUCUGGGAUGCCAUGGUUAAUAAACCGGAAUCCAGUAUUUAACUGCACUGGAUUAUUUCUAACAAAAAUGUUUAUUGGCUGUCCGGCAGCCUGAAAAGAAAGGAACCGUACUGCUGUAUUUGAGAGAGAUCUUUACAAAGCACGUGUGCUCUGGCUGUUAAGUAUGUUCUGUUUCUGCCAUUUUUCUGUGUACUGUAACAAAUGCGAUUUUUAUUUUAGCUUCUGAAACUUAGAGUGGAAGACUUGUUUUUUCUUUGCAGUGUUACUUUAUUUUGUUAUGGUUUAUUUAAAUUAGAAUUUUAAAGUGGCAUCUUUAUUACCUGGUUUUAAAAACUGACUGUCCUCAAGUGCCUUAAAUAUUUCACACAAGGAUUGCUGGCUUCUCAUCAUACUCUGAUGAGCCAGUUUAUAGUGUUUUUAAAAUGUGACUUUAUUUCAUUAAUAUUAAUGUGUGAUGCACUUAACUCUUUCACUUUUAUUAAUGAUUUUAGUGGGAACUGGGUUUCAAGAAAACAUCUCGUUUGUUGUUGCCAAAUUGCAUAACACGUGACAUAAGCUUCACAAAACUGACUGUGACUUACCUCUGCCCCGUGCAUAAAGCUCUCGCUGCGUGAUCGUGAAGUAAUACUCUGAUUAUCUUGACUUUCAUUUGAAAAGAAAUACACAUACAACUUUCAGAAGAAAAUGUAGUAACAUAAACUAGAAACAUUUUAGUAAUAGUUUUUUGUUACUAGAUGAUUGAGUUAGCCAUAUUUCUUGGACUUUGGGGAUCUAAAUAACUUCUUAAGGAGAUGUGAAGCUAAGGUAACAAUGAAAGAGUCCUUAAUGAAUGUGUGUUUUGUUUUGCAACUGCUAGGUCCAUUACACACUGGAGCCCCUGGCCCUGUUUGCUCCCGCUUUGCUAGCCUGACUGGCAGAACUCAACCAGAUCUGAAGGCUCAAUGGCAAAUGUGUCAGUAAUUUCUGUAGCUAAACUAGAAGUGCUUUACGUCUGGCAGCAAGAUUGUGUGCCUAACUCAGAAGCACGUGAUGAUGCAAUAUGUCAGUCCUGUGGGUCAGCAUGUGUUGAAAAGUAGCGUCUCUGUGGGAGGAGAUUUUAGAUAGAGGAGUUGAGAUGGCUGAACAAAGAACAGUAGAGCUGUUUCUGUCUGUGCUUCUCUGCACCAUCAGCUGGUGUGGGCAGUGCCGGCCUCGAGUGACUGGAGCCUUUGUUGGGUUAUUAGGGACGAUCGUAGCGUUUAACACAGAAAUCUUCUGUGAGCUGCCAUCUCCUGUAGCUACUCAGGCAAUUACUUUGUUGUUUUGCUGAGCAACAGCAGCAGCUUUUCCACUAACAAGGUUGUAACCACUUUCCCAUCCUACAUUUUACUGACCUAUAAUACGUGACUACUUUCUGUGAGGGUAACCUAGUAGGGUAGGUGUUAAUUUUUGUAUGAGCCUACUUUAGUUCAGGAAGCCUUCUGCCUUGCAUAAUAUAAUGACUUUGGAUUUGCCAUCUCCCAUCACUAUGAUUUCUAACCUGGAUAUUCAGAGUCAGGCUAAAUUCUGGUGACCACUAGUGCCUCUUGGUGUCUUGGAAACAAAGUUCUUGUUGUUAGUAUAGAAAGAACAAUACAGAAUUGUUUGAUUUCAUAGCUGUCAGGUGAGGAGGAAGCUGUCGUAUUCGUGAAGCGAGGUGUGACGUUUUGCUAAGUUCACAGUAUGGUUCACUCUCUGAAAUUGGUCAAGUUUCCCAAAACACGGGGCUGGGAGGGGGCUGAACAAGUCAAAUUCUCAGAAAUGAUCCUUUCAUUUCAAUCCCUUGGUGAAGAUUUACAAUACUACAAAGUAUUCCAAUGUGUACUUACAGCUGUGUGAGAAUAUCCAGUCAGAUUUGGAGCUGGUUUGCCUGUUUGUUUUAUUGGAGGCUAAGUAAAAUGCACCUCUUAGAAAGCUGUCUGUGGUAAUCAGAAUCCUAAUUCUCAAGCUGUGCUUCAGGAGAGAAAUUAUGCAUUCUUUCACUUGUGAUGUUAAUAUCACCUCCAGCAGCUGUAAUGCAUAGUCCUGUUAGGAGGAUGCCAGCGAUGCUCUAGCAGAAGGUAGUGUCCACAGAAUGGACAAAAUACGGAGUGCUGCUACGUUUGGUAUUUUAGGGCUGUGGUGUGUGGUUUUGUUUGCUUGUUUUUAAUUCAUAGUGCUAAUCUGCUAUGCCUGCAGCUUCUCUUAUCAUCCCUCAAAAAUUCCUGGAUUUCAGGUGGUGGGUUUGAUUUGCUUUUUUAUUUUAUUUUUCUUCACUCUCUUGGUUUCAACACUAUAAAAAUAUUAUGUAAUUCGAGUGAGGGAAUGGUCUCACCUCUCUAGGCCUUACCAGUGUCCUUAGCAAUACAGCAGUACAUUAAUGCUUGUCCAUCAGUAUCCAGUUGACAGUUUGCCUCUUUGUUUGCUGAUGAAUGUGCAUCAAAACCAAUACUUGAGUCUUGCCAACAUCUCUGAAGCUGUAGAAAUUAGCUGAAGCAUUCAAGACAAAUGUUCAAUGAAAAAUUGUUUUCAUGUUUUACUAGAUUUCAGUUGGCUGUCUGCUGCGUUUUUAGCACCCAGCCCUAGAAAGUUCCCCCUUAGAGGAGCCAGAAUCUUUGAAACACAGCGUGCUUAAAUUCUCAUGUCGUGCUCGAUUGAAAACUAGCUUUAGCCAUCCUGCUUAGUGGGUAUACAAUGCCUCUUUUGAUUAUGGGUAAUUCACACUUCCACCUUUCUUUUCUUUCCUACCCUGCCCUCUCUGGCAAAGAAAUGUACCUGGGACAGUGAAGCCUUGGUCUGACACAGAUGAGAUCACAAUUUUAAAGAUUACUUCCUUUUUUCUUUCUUCCUAAUACAGAAGAUAGAAAGGCAGGAAAAUUUUUUGAACAGAGGGAGGUUAAGUAAAAUCCACCCUGUAAGUGAUGGAGGAGUGAAAAAGAGAGAGGAAUGCAUUUAAGUAUUAUUAAUGCCUAUUUUAAAAAGGAAGUGGGCUGGAAUAUAAAGCCACAGACGUCAGUUCUUUAGAGUGAAGUACUAGUGCUUGAAAGAACUAGAAACACACCCAUCAAAAAGGCAAAACUGAGAUGUGGUAGCUCUGCUUCAGUCAAGGAAGGGAUCACAGUAAAAGCAUCCUGAGUGACUUACUCUGACCCCUCGGUGCUGUCUGGGAAGCUAAUGCCACCAAAUUGAUUUUUAAGAUGUCUUUGCAUGUAAAGUACUGCUAAGAGGGAGCACUGGGUGCAUUCAGUUGCUGGUCACUGCAGCUGCUGCCAUGAGUAGGGACGUGAAGUGUGCUAACGAAGUGAUGUGCUGCUGAGCUCUCAUAGGAUGAGUAAUUGGGCAGAGCUGGCAAUUGAAUCCUGUUAAUCACAGUGAUGACUUUAAUAGCUUUUAAUAGGCACUUAUCUGAAUUCAGAGUCAGAAGAGAUAUUGCUGUUUUUAAAAGCAUUUCCAGUGCUAUUAGCUUUUUGUCAUGAAAAGCCAAUGAAAUGACCUUUUUGGUUGUUGUUGAACAUUUGUAAAAGUGCUUCUCUUGCUUUCCGAAUUCUGGAGAGAAGUUGGCUGUCUGCUAUGGAAAACCUGCUCUCUGUUGACAGCUUGAAGCAGCUGUUUGGGGGUGAAACUUCUGUCCCCGCAAUCUUUAAAAACAAACAGAAACGUGCUUCCAAAACAAGUGGCUGAGGAACAUAUGCAUUUCUACACAGUGUUGCAUGAGAGACUGUAUCUCUAAGGAACAGCAAAUACCUUCCAUUGAUAGAGUCAGCUAGUUGAGCUGCUUGAAGCCUGAAGUAAGAUUGCAGCUCUGCUCUUUGUACAAGUGAAGUGUUUCUUAUUUGGCUUACUGGGACUCUUGUGGAUGCAGAUACGUAGCACACCAGACUGUAUACUUCUGCUCGUAUAGUACUGAAGGAUCAAGCAAACUCUUAAAGAAGAAGGUGGGGUGAAUGUCAGCCACAACAGAGCAGAUUGCAGAGGCUUCACGUGCUGUCCCUUGUACAAUUGGGCCUGUGCUGUCAGACAAAAUCCCACUGGGAAGUAAUGGUCUGAUUCCCUUUUUUGAGGAGCAGACAACUGAUAACCAGAAUGCGUUUCAGGAAGGGCUGGAGAGGGAGAAAAGCUUUGAAAUGAGUGCUAAACUUCCUCAUCUACACCAUUUGUGUAUUCUUUCUAAACAAGUUUAUAGCAUGUCUGCAGUUGUUUUUCUGCCAAGCUAAUCACAGCCUUUAAAGCUGACAGCACCAAAACCGUGAGGCUGGUCCUCCCUGCUUCCCUGAAUCUAGCCACCACAACAGCCAGCCCUUCUGUGGGACGGCCUCGUAGCACUGCCAGCUCCAAGAGCUGAGCCCACGGCUUUGUGCCAAAGUUGUGCUUGUUUCUAAUAUGUUUGCUGAGUCUUUCUGCAGGUGCUUAUUUCUGCUGAUUUCAGCCACGUCAGCUGAAAACUAAUCAAAUGGAAACAUCUGAACACGUAUCUGUCGUAGGCACUUCUCAAAAUACCUUAAAAUAAGCUGAUAGACUCUUGUCAUGACCUUCUAUCUGCAAAUAAAACAGGAAGCCAAAACCUCAGAGAAUUGCUUACGCCUUUGUUGUGUGACCCUCUGGGCUGGAGCCUGAACAGGCACGAGCCCUCCCCUCGAGUUUCUCGGGGUUGGUGGUUUGGUGUGUUUUCCAAGCAGAGCAUGCUGCUGCUGGUAGACACAAAGAUGAAGAAAAGACAGCUGUGUUGGCAGCACAGAAGGUACAGCUUUUGUCAAAUAGGAGAAAAUCAAUAGGGAAAUAAAUGUUUUCGAGCUUCUUGGAAUGCAAACAGUGCAGUAACAACCUAGAAGAGUUUGCAGUGGACUGUAAACUCGGCUUAAAACCUAAGCAGAUGAAUUUGGCUGCUUUGUAGUAUUUUGCUUUAUUUUGUUAACAAACUCCUCUCGGUCAGGGUUUCAUGUCUUACGUGCUUUUUGGUCUGAAGAGAGAAGGAACAUUCUGCUGCUUAGAAAGUUACAUUUAUCUGGGCUUUGUGACCGCUCUAAUGGAGAGAAUAUUCAGUAAUUGUAUUCUAAACGAUCAGCCUGAUUACUAAUCCUCAUGAGAUAUUAAUAUAUCAAGGAAUGAACGUAGUAGAGAUAAAAUGUUUCUGGGUAUCCGUGCACAAAAGCCACGAUCUAGUGGGUCACUUCCUGAUUUAUUAUCGUUUAUGUGGCAGUGCCUUCAGCACAGGGAGGGUUUGUCUCUUUGGCAGAUGGACCUUGAAGGUGUGAUCAUUGCUCCCAGUAGGAGGUGUUUAUCCUUUUAUGUAAGGGGUGAUUGUUCCUUUUGGAUGUGUAAAGACAAAUUGAAACUAGAGAGAUCUUCAGGGGACCUUCUCAGGAAAUGAGAUGCAGCAGCUCCUCUUUCUCCUGUUGUUCUUUCUAAUGUUAAAAGACAUUCUACUAAACAUUGGAUGAUGAAUCCUGCUGUCUUUUUUUUCUUUUUUUCCACACCUUCAGAGUGCUUGAAGGAACAUCCUGUUUAGUAAUAGUAGACAGAUGUUUAUUUUGCUGUGGGUUAAAACUUUACACUGACAAAAAAGGAUAUUGCAUUUCUUACUUCCUCUUCUGAAAGCCAGUCCUGCUAUCUUCCUUCUUCCCAUUUUUCCUUUUCUUCUACUCCUUAUAGCCUCUUCCACUGUCAGCCCUCCCCUUGCCCUCCACUGUCUUGUUCCCCUCCCAGAAAACUGCUGCUUAAUCAAUAAACAACACUGGCUGUUAAAUCGAUUUGAUUGCCUUCUUAUAAUUCUGAUUUCAUCUGUGUUAUAGUGAAUGUGGUCUGAUCUUUGGAGGCCUGCAACACCAAGAGUAUAGAAGGUACCAUGUCAGCUAGGAAGGUAUGAGACUAGAACAACUUGUACUUUUGGCAUUGCCCAGUACUGGCUGGUUAAGAAGGAAAUCCUCCUAUUUGCAUGCUAUUUCCUAGGAAUACUUGAGCUUUUUCUCAGGUAAGAGUAGCUCUUGUCCCAGAUACAGGGCUUGAGAGACUUUCUAGUCUCUGGUUUCUGUUCCUGCAGCCUGUUGGUGUUUUCACCCUUUGCAUUGUGUUUAGAGGAGGCUUCUGAGUUUCUCCACUGCUUCAGUACUCUCUGUUUCCUGCCCUGGUUGGUUGAGCAGACAGGCUGGUAACUGCAGCAUGGCACGUGGCUAACCAGCCUCUCUGUCAGAGUACCUCCUCAGCAUCUGCUCUAUUACAGCUUCGAUCCUUCGCUUAUUUAGAAAUCGGACUUCUGUAACUGCUGACACAAAAACAUGUCCUUAUCAGUAUUAAAAUAGUCCAAGAGCAGAACUGUUGCUUUAGGCACAUUUCUUGCCACUGCGUUGGCUAAUGAACCUUGAAUGAAAGUGAAAUGGCCAGUGACUUUGAAGUAGGAGCCGUUAAGCAAGUGUUGUAGAGCUGUAGUCUUUAUUUAUUUUGUGUAUUAAUCUGCACUUGUGACACAGAGCAGAAAAGCUGCAGCACAGCAGAUCUUAUAAGCUGUGGCUUAACCAGUUUCUAGUAUCUUAAAACUCUUUAUUUAAACUGACUGGUUCAGCACACAGGUCAGAAACCUGUUGUCAUUGAUCAUGCUGUGCAUAUUGUACGUUUGUUUAUACGAAUUGUUCUAAUAGUGCUUGUGUGUAUUAUUCUACAUUACCACGUUUUAUAUAUAUUUCUAUGUAUUGCAUGAGGUUUAAUUGUUGAGGUUUUUUUGUAUUGUCACUUUUGUAUUCACACAGUGCCUCAUGUAUCUACUUGUGUAUUUCAAGAAAUUGCUUCAAAGCAGUGACUGGAAACAAGUGAGGAGAAGAACUCUUUGCUGUAGGAUUUGAUGUUUCUGAAGUAUUAAUAAAGCAUACUGAUUUCAA